AUGGAAACCACGGGUGUACAGGGUAAUCACCCUGGCGAUGGCGACGUCGGUCUUGCGGGCUUGAGAGACAUCUCCAGCCAGACGUCAGUUGACCUACUGGAAGCUGGCGUCAAGAUAUCUUCCAAACUGCUUGAUUCUUUGCGCACAUCCCUUCAGGGAGCUCAUAGCAGCACUGCGGUGGCGAGACUGAUAGACUCUAUCAGCGAUAUGCAGCACCAUGCCGAGACAAAGCGCACUGUUGUCGGCGUUGUUGGCAGCACAGGCUCAGACGACCCAGCUCAAGCCUACCGAGCCGAGAUCGAGUUUAUCUCGAAAGAAGACUGGGUGGCGGAACUGAGCCUUCUGUUCGGCGACCUUUCUGAUUCUCAGGACGAUACUGCCCAGGGAUCUUCUCACGCCGACCCGGCUGCAGUCGUGGCCAAGGCCAAAUUGAUGGCAGUAUACCCACAACUGGCAAAGUCCAACAACAUUCUCACUUCGUCAACACCUACUGCGUUGGCCAACGACCCCUCCGUUCUUGGGUAUCUUGACUCAAUCAAGACAGUCAAUGACCAGUCACCGCAGCACUUCUACGAAAAGCUACAGAAGUACGUCGACUCUAAGGAGAAGCUUCGCGACAAGAAGAGUAGUAAACCUGCCCAAAUGGAGCUAUGGCCGCUGAUCAAAGUCGUGAGAGUUUACGUCAAGUCUGAUGCUCUGUCUACCGGCCUUGUUCUUGUGGAUCUUCCGGGAAUUCAAGACUCGAACGCUGCGAGAGCAGCAGUCGCUGACAGUUACAUGAAAGAGUGCACAAAUCUGUGGAUCGUGGCACCAAUCUCACGAGCCGUCGACGACAAGGCAUCCCAGCAGCUGCUGGGAGACUCCUUCAAGAGGCAGCUUCAGAUGGACGGCUCAUACAACAAUGUGACGUUCAUAUGCUCAAAGACCGAUGACAUCUCAGUUACCGAAGCCAUCGACAAUCUGUCUCUGUCGGGUCAGAUGGAAGAGGCUCUCACCCGCAAAGAUGAGAUUCAGAAAGAACUCCAGAUCAGAGAUGACGAGUACACACCGCGGAUGGAGUCGUUUGAUGAUAUUAAAUCUUCAUUGACGAAGCUUGACAGGAAUAUCGAUGUAUUGGAAGACAGCAUCAAAAACCCAGGCGCCGAUGGGUGCAUUCUUGUAAAAGUCAGCACUCCCAUGAAGCGCAAGAGGUCAGGUGCAUCCAGUAACAAUCGCAAGAAAACCCGCGGGAGCACUCAUGAUCAGAUGGGUCAAGGUGGAGAUGACGGCUUUUCGUCUUCCACUGAUGAUGGCGAGGACGAUGACGAGCCUCAUCACUUUUUAACGAUUGAGAAAGCUAAGGAGCAGCUCGAGCAGCUCAAGUCGGAGAAACGCGCCUUGAAGAACAAGAAGAAGGAGCUAAGGCACGUCAUUGUGCCUCUGAAUGCCAGAAUCGGUGAAUUGAAGGCUGAGCUCCGCGCUAUCGAGAGUUGGCACGCUGCUUGCAUGAUCCGUGAACGCAAUGAUUAUGCCAAGCCCUGUAUCAAAUACCAAUUUGCUCAAGGCAUCCGAGAGGUCGAUGAAGAGAUGGCCGCGGCAGCUGAUGACCAAAACUUUGAUCCCACCAAUGAUCAGAGAGACUACGAUGAUGUUGCUGGAUCACUGCCCGUGUUUUGUGUCUCAAGUCGUGCCUUCCACAAGCUGAAGGGAAGGCUUGAAAAGGAUGGUGCUGUGCAUGGAUAUGAAGACGAACGCGACACCGAAAUUCCACAGCUGGUGGAGCAUGCCAAGCAGCUCACUAUCGAGGCUCGGGUCAAGUCGAGCAAGAUCUUUCUCAACGAGGUGAGAGGCCUUGUCAACUCCUUGUCCAUGUGGAUCAUGGUGGGCCAGGAUAGUCUCCAGCUCGCAGAUGAUGCAAAGAAGAGCGAGACCAAAGCCAUCGAGGUUUUGUUGGCUCGUCUUAACAAGGAACUGAAUGUACUUGUCGACAAGGCUGACUCAAACUUUCGAGACUCCUUGACGAAACACAUAUUUGCGCAUUUCCUCCACGCAGAGAGUGCCGCAAAGAGCAAAGCUGCGGCAACUGUCUCAGGAUGGACCGCGCCCAAGGAUCAAGGUGGGAUGUCUUGGAUGACCUUCAAGGCAACUUGCAGACGAAACGGCGUCUUCUGUGGCAGCGCCGGCCCUAGAAAUUUCAAUGAAGAGCUCGCUCAACCCUUGAAGACAAGUAUUGCUGCAGAUUGGGAACGAACAUUCACCAAGAACUGCCCCAGCGCUCUUGAACGUUAUAAGAUCGAGGUCGCUGCCGCCUUGGAUGAAUUUCACCGAAACGUGACGAACCGUGCGGGGAUCCAGAAAGGUUCCUCCCCUAUAUGUCUCGAUCUGGUCGGAGAGCAGAUUGCCACAUACUCGCAGAGCAUCAACAACGACAUGACAGGUCUCUGGAAUUCAGUUCUGAGUGCUCAGAAGGAAGCAAACCGCGAGUUCACUCCCGUGAUCAUGGGCGCAAUGGGUGGUAUCUACCACCAGUCCAGUGUUGGCUGCUAUAAGCGCGCCAAGGAUGCAAUGAUGGUCUCCGUCAACAACAACCAGGGCACUAUGUUUCACGCAGCUCUCUCGACCUGUGAGCAGAGCCUUGGUAGAAUGUGUGAUUUCUUGCGCGACAAGAUGCUUACCAAGAUCGAUGCGGUCUGCGACAUGAUCAAGCACGACUACAUGAAUCUGGCUGUUGGCACAGGAUCUGCACAGGCUGGGAAACUGGCUAGAGAGAAUCUGCGUCGCCUGCUCGCUACUGCUGACCUGGAGUACAAGAAGGCAUUGAGCUCCGCUGGUCAUGGCCAACCUGACCGGCCCACAGCUUGA